CCUUCUGCCCUAAAUCAAUCCCCCUCACUCCUGUUUUUUUUUUCCCGAUUUUGUCGCUGUUUUCCGAGGAAUUCUCAUACCAAAAAUAAACAUCCCCUCCUUCUUCGUGCUUCUGACAUUUCUCACCAAGAUCUUUGUUUUUCCCAGAUUUCUACUUUCUUUCUUCCCUUUUUGUUGUCCUCUCUCUCUCUCUCUCCAUGUUUUCCUCUUCCUGAGCCUUGGAUUUGGGAUCAGGCGAAAGGACGGCGGAAUGGGGGUCGUGUCCGUGGUGGGUUUUCGGUCUGGCGAGUUACGUUCGCCUUGUUUCUUCGCGUAGUUGAGGAGGAGGAGGAGGAGGAAGGAGGGGAAGGCGGUUGGUUCCUUAUCCUUGUGUUUGUUUUCUUUUCCUCAUUCCUGUUGGGGUGCUGGGGACUUUUGGUUGGUGAAGGUGGAGAUCUCGCCCCUCUGCGUCAACCAUGAGCGCUUCGAGAUUUAUAAAGUGCGUGACGGUGGGGGAUGGAGCUGUGGGGAAGACCUGCAUGUUGAUUUCCUACACCAGCAAUACGUUUCCGACGGAUUAUGUGCCCACUGUUUUUGACAACUUCAGUGCCAAUGUUGUUGUAGACGGAAAUACUGUGAACCUCGGGUUGUGGGAUACGGCAGGACAGGAGGAUUACAAUCGGUUGAGGCCGUUGAGUUACCGCGGGGCAGAUGUUUUUUUGUUGGCAUUUUCUCUCAUUAGCAAAGCAAGCUAUGAAAAUGUUGCCAAGAAGUGGAUUCCUGAGCUGAGGCACUAUGCUCCUGGAGUUCCAAUUAUUCUGGUUGGGACUAAGCUAGAUCUUCGGGAUGAUAAGCAAUUCUGUGCUGAUCAUCCUGGUGCUGUACCAAUCACUACUGCUCAGGGAGAGGAACUGAGGAAGGUAAUUGGAGCUCCUGCUUACAUAGAAUGCAGUUCGAAGACUCAGCAGAACGUCAAGGGAGUUUUUGAUGCAGCUAUCAAGGUAGUGCUUCAGCCGCCUAAGCAGAAGAAAAAGAAGAAGAGAAAGUCACAGAAGGGCUGCUAUAUCUUGUGAUCAUGACUCAUUUUAAGUAGAUGGGCUAAAUCAAACCAUUGAUCCUCGGGUUCCGUUCUCAAGAUUCCGAGGAAGCAGGUCUUUGGUGUAUAUUCAGCUGACGUUACUAGAGCGUUGAAGUCAGCAGCAAGAUGAUUUCCUUCUCUCUAUCUCUCUGAUUUUCUUUGGUGAUGUGCGUGCAACUCACACGUGGUAGUUGUCACCAUUUUGCUUUUAGUUUCUGGUUGGUCGUCGAGAGAUGUGGGGAAGAUGAUCAUUGGAACUGUCUUUUACUUCAUGGACAAUCUUAUAUUCAUAUUAUGUAUCUCUGUUUAGGUCCCUUCCAAGGUUUGACAUCUUUGUCUGCAGUGUACUUUAUUCUUCACCAAAAGCAUUGUCAAAAUUUUCAUUUCA